GCAAAAGGGCUCAAGAGGAUGAUGCAAGCCUACGCGGACGAAGACGUGCUGAAUGACAUGCCGCAGCCGAGCACAUUUGCUGCGAGCGGCGCGCUGCUACACCCAGCGCCCUUUCUCGUUGCGCUUGCCGGUAUGGACGAGCCGCUCUCGUGGCCGCUUGGCGCUGCGCAAGCAAAGCAGAUCGCGGCCUUGUACCCCGACACGAAGAUCAUUCCGUCCUCCGACAUUGCCAUUGAUCAACGCUACUUUCAACGCUACGAUGAGAUGCUCACGGCAGUCUACCAAGGCUCAAUCCAGAGCUUGGUGUCGUCAGGCGAAGCCGACAUGGUGCUGUCGCACAUGGUCGUUGACGACGUCGGGGACGCCGAGAGCUUUCGCCUGCGUCCGACGGCCGACGAGGCCAUUUGCGCGACGACCUUUGGCGUCCUCAUCAUACUGCUUCCGUCCAGGCACGAAGGCGGGGUUGUUACGUUUACGUAUGGAGACGACUCGCUCGCGUUUGAUGAUGCGAUACCGCUCAUUGACACGGCGUACGCAGCAGCCUACCUCUCGACGACGAUCACAUCGGCGCCAAUCACAUCUGGACGCCGCGUCGCACUGGUGUACCGCGUGUACCUUCGUGAGGGCUCCCAGUAUUUCGUGCCACCGACGCUCGAUCCUACGAUCGCAGCACUCAAGGUGCUCGGGACGUCGCCCUUUGAGACGCUCCAGCGGAUCGGACUCGAAGUUUCGAUCGAGUGUGACUCGUUUGAUUCGUUCAGCAUUAUCGAUGCGACCUUUGUGGAGGCGCUUGUCGCCACCGGAUGCUUUGACGUUGGCCUCGCGGAUUUGAAAAUCGAUGGCAGAGAAUCCAAGUGCACCAUUGAGACGCUUCUACCGCACCCAGCGUGCAACCUUCCAGCGGUCGUGGUCCGCAACUGCGUUGGCAAGACGAUCCAAGGCUUUCUCUACACUGCACCGUCGGGUGAUUCUGAAAGCACGGCCCGCGCGAUUGUGUUUUGGCCCAAGCGCCACCGCCCCGAGGACGACGCCAACGAAACUGAGCCCGACUACCUUGGCGUAGCCGACACGCGAGAGCUCGUGCUUGCAGCCAUGUACGCCUUUGAUCUCGAGAACGCAUCGCUCACGCGGCGCCAUUACAAUCGACGCGCCCCAUCGUUCCUUGUGUUGAUGGAGCACUUCUUGAUGGCGCUGAACGACGUCGAGCUCACAGCUGUCUUUCUCUCGAACCAUAUCACGAUCCAGCCCAAGGUUCCUCUUGUCGACAUCGCUCCUCUUGUGCACCAUCUCUUGACCAAGCAUGGCUGGGAGCCGCUCUGCGCUGCGCUGCUCCGGCUCGUCCAACGCUGGAUACAGACGGAGGCAAAUGAUACGCUGCAGUUGCUCACGAGCCUGGCCGGCCUCAAUAAGGCCAAGGCGAUGCAUGUGUGGGGACGAAGCCACGUCUUCAUCGAGGAAGUCCUCGUACUCGAGCACUAUGUCCAAGUGACAGCGCCGCAACUCCAAGGCGCCAACUACAUGAGUCAACGACUGCCGCUGCCCUUUGUCACCGUUAUCGACGCGUACCUCUUUCCACGUUACGAUUACUUGUACACGUCCUACACGGAUGCCGCCGUUCUCUUCUUGGCGAGCCUCACGCAGCGUCUCGAUGCAGCACUCUUUGACGCGUGCGUCGCGGUGGGGGUCGUGGCCCUGUUUCGCGUCAUCGCGGCGAUUUACCCACAACUGGCAGACUCUGCGCCGUUGCGCCCACUCGCUCUUGCCUAUGUCGACGCCGUCAUCGAGACGCUCGCUCGCGACACUGCGUGGCCAGAGUGGCUGCCUCGUCCGACCGAAGAAGACAGAGAUUGGAUUAAAGUCGGCGCCGUGAUUUUCCUGGACGUGCUCCACCUUGUAGAGCAGUUGGCACCACAAAAGAGCCGCACCGUCACCUCAGCGUGGCUGGCGGCACUGCCAACGACGCGCGACGCGCUUCACCGACAUCGUUUGCCCGUGCUGGCCCGUCUCGACACUAGCAGUCCCGUUCAUCGACUACUGGCGACGGCGGCCAUCGAUCGGUGGACACACUUGCCACCGCUCCCAGUCGUCACGCCGGACUUUGCGCUGCCACCGCCUGAAGACCUCGACCCUCAGCAUUGCCACCAGUGCGGAAACGUCCACGCUUUGUACACCCAAGCGGACACGCUCACACUAAGUUGCGGUUCAGACGGCCUCUGUUCGACCCUCUCUCAUAUUCUCGAGGCGGACCAUGCGCAUGUUGCCGUCCGCAGACCUUGGACCCAAGGCGAAGGGUACAAAAUUGAAAAACUUGCGAUGCCCGGCCCAUUAGCCGAGUGGCGUACGCACGCCCGGCAAGUCCAGAUUAGAGACAGCGUGACGGCAUCGAUCGAGACGGUGAAGAGCCAAAUGCGUGACAAAGACGACCAAGAGCAAGGCAAAGAGGAGACCGACGCGCCGUUGGCCAAGCGCGUGUGCCGGGCCUAG